AUGGCAGUUGUGCGAUGGACUAGCUUCAGCUUUGUCCGUGUUAUUUCCCUGGGACUAAUUGUUCUCCUGGUUUCUGCUCUUUCGCUGGGCCCUUUCUUAGCCUUGAACCAGCUGCCACAAGUCUUUUCCCGACUCUUUCCUUUCAAGAGGGGCCUUUGCCAUGCCUACUGGGCUCCGAACUUCUGGGCUUUGUACAAUGCUUUGGAUAAAGUGCUGUCUGUCAUUGGUUUGGAAUUGAAACUUCUUGAUCCCAGCGAGAUCCCCAGGGCCUCGAUGACGAGUGGUCUGGUUCAGCAGUUCCAGCACACAGUCCUUCCCUCAGUUUCGCCUUUGGCGACCUUCAUCUGCACACUGAUAGCCAUCCUGGGCCCAGAGGCUUUCUCCGAUGCCUGGUUCUUUGUGCCUUGAGUUCCUUCAUGUUUGGUUGGCAUGUCCAUGAAAAAGCCAUUCUCCUUGCGAUUCUCCCAAUGAGGUAAGCAAAGGGCUCAGUGGUGGCAUGUUUCCCACUGU